AUGUCAUUUGCUGAGUUGGGAGGCUCAGAGGUAUGGGCAAGCGAAAGGGGAAAGAAAGGAAUGCAAGGAAAGAAAGCUGUGGACCUGCUUUUAACGGUAAGGCCCCAGGUUUUUUUGAAUGUCGCGGAAUAAUUAUGUGCAGCGCGUCAACAGAAAGUUGUAAUCGAGCCGCAAGAUGUUGGCGCUUACUACUAUCGGCAUUGUUUUGUCGGACGUCCGCACUGGAAUUUUUUUGGUAACGACGAGGCUUAUGGCCCAGUAGUUAUAUCAGUGGUGCGUGAGCAUAUCGAACGUAAGGAAGCGAACGGUAUCCAGAAUAUCACCAUAUACCGAAUGAUUAUCCGGAUUAGUGAUGUAUGCAUUUUCUUUUUGUGA